UUUUAUGCCUCCAUUUUGUGUUGUUUGCAUUUGUGGGCUCCUUCACUCUUCGCCGACGCCGCAAGUGAUGUUUGACACGUCAUUGCGUGAGACGAACCGAGAUGAGGUUGUCUCUUAGCGCCUCAAAAUCGUCGCAUUAGUCGGGGAUUUGCAAAAAUGAGUAAGAUGUAGUGUAGGCUAAGAAAGGAAAGUUUGCAGAAGUCGGCAAGAGGACGAAGACGAGGAGGAACAGGGUAGAGAGAGUGGAGACCUGCGGCGUGGAAGGGAAAUCGGUUGAAGGUGCCAGGAAUUUCACAACAACCCACUGAGGAACCAGAUUGCAGUGCUUGCUUACCGGUCUCCGGUCGUCGAGGAAUCGUGAGAGACAUUGAAAAGGAAUUGUGAGAGAAAGGAAAAGGCAUAUAUCUGCGAGGGAUGGAAGAGAACGUGGUCUUCCGAUUCAACUUCGGGGGAGCCGUAACCACACCGCAGCCCGAGACUCUCUUGAAGAACAUCAAUGCGGGUAUUGGUACUGUUGCGGAGCAACCAUCGCUACCCUCACCUACUCCACCGGAGGAGGUGUUCCCAUCGGAGGAUGAGGAAUCAGCGUCUUGCGUGAUGGAGCCUGUUGUUUUACAGGGUGGUUUGACACUGCUCAAGGGUCGUGUGAACAGCCAGAGUGUUCUUAAGGUAGCUAACUCGGAUUUGAUUCCUGGUAAAUAUGAAGGAGGACUGAAACUUUGGGAAUGCACCAUCGAUCUUGUUGAAAUGCUACGGCGAGAAAUUCAAGAUGGACAGCUUUCGUUUCGUGGAAAGCGGGUGCUAGAGCUUGGAUGUGGACACGGCCUGCCCGGAAUCUUUGCAUGCUUAAAGGGUGCAUCCAGUGUCCAUUUCCAGGAUUUCAACCCGGAAGUAUUGAAGACUCUGACGAUCAAAAACGUGCAAGCCAAUCUAGAGCAAGCACGAGCGGGUCUUGUAAGGGUAAACUCUGUUAGUCCUGACGGAAUUGCAUCAAAUAAGGGUUUAGUUGUAAUGCCUGAUAUUCACUACUAUGCUGGUGACUGGUCAGAGUUGCACGAACUUUUGUCCGUAGGGCGGUCUUGUUCCUCUGGUGACAGAGAUAGUGGAUCCCCCGAUGUCAGAAUGAAUGCGAGUGACUUCUCUGAACCUAAACCUGAGAGUGAUAGUAAUGAGUUAAAGAGCAUUAGUCACAAUGGCUCCCGUAAUCGCCCUGCCCGGAAGCUUUCUGGAAGCCGUGCUUGUGAAAGAGGACACACCAGUAGUGCUCAAGAAUGUGGUUAUGACAUCAUUCUGAUGUCUGAGACUGUCUACUCUCUAGCAUCGCUUCCCAAGCUUUAUGAACUCAUCAAAAAGUGUAUCUGUCCUCCGUAUGGAGUCGUCUAUGUGGCGGGUAAGAAACACUAUUUUGGAGUUGGAGGUGGAACUCGACAAUUUAAACAUCUUGUUGAGGAAGACGGUAUCAUGGGAGCACAUUUAGUAGCUGAUUUUGCGGAUGGAUCUUCUAAUGUUCGUGAAAUCUGGAAGUUUUUUAUGAAGUGAUUGUACAGUCCCCUAAAUGCUAUGGUACACUUCAAGCAUGUUACCGGCGAUUGAAAGGCGGAUCAUUGUUAAAAAUGUUAAUUAAUAUUGUCGGGCGUCUCAGUGUGAGCUGUGAAGUUCAUUGCCGUGAGUGGCGAUAAUUUUUGAAGCGAUAGUUUCGGUGAAUGUACAGUUUCUAAGGAGGUUGUGUUCCAGAAGGAAAAUACUGCUGGGAAGGUACAAUAGCCGCAUUUUAGUUUGCCAGUCAUGUUGAAGCCAUCCUUAUCCCAGAAAUUGUAACUUUUCCUGUGUUUGGUAAUCCAUCGAGGUCUAUCAGCCCGAGUUUGGGUGUCAACACUGAAA